GGGUCCCUGCGGGUUCUCUGUCCCGGGCCUGGCUGGCACCGAAGCCCCGGGGGCUCUGGGCACCCCCUUGUCCCCGUCAUUGUCCCCCCGGCCCCUGCUGUCCCCGAGGUGGUGGCAGUGCCCCCCGGCCGUGUCCCCCGGCCCGCGGGGACACCGUGGGUGCCCCAGGGGCCCGCGGGCCGCCCCCGCCGCGGCCGGUGUGCUGGUGGCACCGGCGGGGUCCCCGUGCCCCUCCGUCACCGGCACCGUCUCGUUCCAGGCUCAGCGAGGGCGUGCGAGGCUCCGGUGAGUGGCACUGUCCCCGUGUCCCCUCGGUGUCCCCCUGUCCCCGCGUCACCAGCACAGCCCCGUCUUCCCCCAUCCCUGUGUCCCCCCCUCCCGUGUGCCCCUCAUUCCUGUGUCACCCGUGUCCCCCUGUCCUCUGCACCCCCAGGUCCCCUCCACCCGUGUGUCCCCUCCAUCCCUGUGUCACCCGUGUCCCCCUGUCCUCGCACCCCAGCUCCUCCGUGUCCCCCCAGUGUCCAUCCCGCGCCCCCAGGGAGGUGACACAGCCUCGGGGACCCAACGCCACCGUGUCCCUCCCGUCCCCGCUCUGUCACUGUCGCUGUCACUGUCCCCGCGUGGUCAGGGCCAGGCCGCGGUGGUGGCGCUGGUGACAGGAGCCAAAGGGCUCCGGGAAGGCGUCAGGGACACGGCCCGGGCGCACGUGCCAGCGGGGACACGGUGCCACCGUGCCGAGCGCCCCGCAUGUCCCUGCGCGCUGUCCCGGUGACACCGGCGCUGCCCCGGCACGGGGGUGACCCGGGCGGUUUCGGUGACAGCCGUGUCCCCUCCGCAGAGGCCGCGGGCGGGAUGCGGGGUCCCGGCGUGUCCCUGUGCGCGCUGCUGUGCCUGGCCGUGGCCGUGGCCGUGCCGGUGGGCGGGGGUCGCCCCGUGCGGCUCGAGAGGGUCCGGGCGGACGCGCGGGCCCUGACCCGGACCCUGAGCACGCGCCUGCAGCAGCUCCAGCUGUUCCCGCUGACCCUGCGCAUCUCGGGCCUGGAGGGGGUCCCGGAGGGGGCGCUCCCGGACGGGGCGCCGCCCCCGGGGCUGGGCUGGGCGGCGCAGCGGCUCCAGCUGUUCCAGCGGCUGCUGGCGGCGCUGCCCGGGCCCGACGUGCGCCUGGCGCAGGUGAGCAACGACCUGGAGAACCUGCGCAGCCUGCUGGGCGUGCUGGGCGCGCUGCUGGGCUGCCCCGCGCCCCCCGCGCCCCCCGCGGCCCCCGCCCCGCACGGCGAGGCCCCGCACACGCUGGCCGGGGUGGCCCUGGCGCGGCUCCGCGGCUGCCUGGACGGCGUCGCCGCCCGCCUCGAGGGGGUCCCCGCGUGCUAGGGACCCCCGGGACCGCCCCAGGACACGGGGACACGGCCGGGACCUCAGCGGGGCUCAGCAGGACCCGCAGACAGGACCAGGAGCUCACUGGGGACACCACGAGUGGCCCCGGGCACUGGAGCGACUCCUGCUGCUGCCAGCACCUUUUUCUACAUUACUGUUAUUAUUAUUAUUACUGUUACUGUUAUUAUUAAUUUAUUUAACUUAAAGCCCCUUUUCCAGCAGC